AUUUUAAACUUAAAACAAUUCGCCAUAUUUGGUAUAAUUUACAGAAAUCUUUCUAAAUUUAUGGAACUUUGCAAUAUAAAACAAUUUUUUCUAAUAUAAAAAAAAGUUUUAUUUUUUCUAAAAAUACGGCGCUCAUUGAAAUUUCAACGGCGUAAAACUUUGUUCUACUUUCGCCUCAGAUAUUUAUGCGCUGCUACAGCGUCAAACCAAGCUGGUUUGAAGCGUCGGCAGCAUCAACCAGCUUGCACCAAAAUACAUUGCUGGUUAGACACACCGUGAAUGGCUAGGUCGUCGAACAUGUGUAUUUUAAAUGAGAAGUGAAGUUGAUAUCAAUUCUGCCGACUGCGAACAGAAGAAAUUCUGCUGCCAUAAUUUUUUUCGCGCUUUAAAUUUGUAAAAAAUUCCAUAACACAAAAAUUUAAUAAUUUUUUUUUUUUAUAGAUUUUGCAUUAUUUCAAACAGUGCCAUAUUAGUUUAAUAAUUAUUUAUUAAAAAAUGCGUAUUACAAAGAAUGUAAAUAUGAUGGAAUACCAAAAAUGUGGACAAAUUAUGGUGGCGUCAAAAAGAAACAAAUUUAUCAUGUCCUGUAAUUUUUGCCGGCAUACAUUUAAACAGCUGCAGGCAUUUAUGAGACACUUGCAAUUGCAGCAUCAAGAUCAAUUGGAAUUUGUAAAGCCGGCAAAAGAGGUGGAGGUCUAUGCUGUGGAGGAGUUAAUGAAUCAAACUUCAACAUCAUGUACACCCGAUGUGGAUAGUGAAGAGUCUAAUAUGGCAGAGGAGGACAGUAAGUGGUUGCGUGAAGAAGAUAUGAAAUGGUUAAAUGAGGGUGUCGAACCUAAGGAUACAGUUAUUAAGGAGGAAACAAAAACUGCAAAUAAAGAGAAGGAAUCUUUAGAUUUAGCCAAUAUGUCUAUUUUGAAGGCUUUAGAAGAUUGUGAUGUUUCAUUUAAUCUAAUGGAAAAGUUGAAUAGUACAACAUGUGUUGAUCAGGAAGAGGAGGAUGGAGAAAAGGAAACUGAUCUCGAUAACACUUUGUUAAGAGAAAUACAAAAUGAAUGGGAAGAUAGUGAUUCUAAUGAUAGUGUUGUGAAAAGAUUAUAUAGCAGUAAAAUAAAUCAGAACGAUUCCAAGGGUAUUUUGGAAGUUAGCAAUGAAAUGCCAGCUGAUGUUACCAUGAAGGAAUCAAUUAUCAAUAGUACUUCCGUUGAGGAAAGCUCGGACAAACCAAAAGAUAAUUUUGAAACUUUCGAGAGAAAAAAUAUUAAAAAUCUUUUACAAGAUUUAGAAGAUUUAGAUGAUGUGGAUAGUUUGUUGGAGAAUUUAGAAGGUAAUUUAGAUAAACAAGAAGGCGAAGAGGUUAAAAAACAUGAAAAUUAUAAAAUAGAAGUAAAAGAUUUGAAAAACAACAAAUUAAACACUGAACAGAUUACAAACACUAAACAAGUUCUAGUAAAUACUAAAUUGAUUAAGAAAACAUCUAAAAUUUCAAAAAAUAAGAAAGAAAGUUUGCCUAAAAACAACAAUUUAUCUAACAAACUUAAUGAACAUUUAAAGGAUAACCAAAUUAACAAUUUUGAAAAGCGUUUAAAGGAAAUAGAACAGAAUUUAGAGGAAGAUAUUGAUUGCCAUAGUAAUGUUUCUAAAAAGUCCAAAAAAUUAACUAAAACUGCGAAAAGUUCCUCAGAAAAUGCAAAUUUUGCUGAAAAAUUAAGAGAUUUAGAGAAUCUACUUAAUGAGGAUAAUGAUUUUGGGGCAAAUAUACCACAACAUAAUGGGGAAGAGGCUAAACAUGUUAAUAAUGAGUUCUGUACAGAUUUCGAAUUACAAUUAAAGAAUUUGGAAAAAACUUUAAACGAUGAAGAAAUGCAAGAACGAGAUUGCACCAAACCUUUACAUGAUUUAAGCCCAGACGCUGAAGAUGAAGUCGGCUUAAAUGAAGAUCUAACUAAAGCUUUAGCAGAUGCUUUAGGUGAUGAUGAUGUGAAUAUGUUAAAUAUACCAGCAGAAGAGGAAAAUGAUAUAGAAGAAGCCCUAAAUCAAAAUAUACUAAAUUUGCUGGAUCAAGAGUUAAUGGAUAAAGAGAUAGAACAGGAAUUAACAGCACCUAAAGAAUUUAAGCAGCUGAAGGUUAACAAGGAAGUAAAGCAAGCUAAACUUAUAAAAACUAAUGAUAAACAAAGAAAAUCUUUAGAAGUUAGAAGUUCUAACUCAAAAAAUGUAAAAUUGAAAUACCAAAAAACAAAUUUUAAAGCCAAAAUAAAAUUGCAAGAAAAUCUUGGCGAAAAUGUUUUAAAAUCCUUCAAUUCCUGUAAUGUAAAACCUAUUAAAACCAAAGAAGUACAAUAUCCACUUAAAGGAAAUCAUGAAGUCUUUCUACAGCAACUUUCCAUUAACAAUUCCUAUAAAAGUCCAGCAAAAACACCAACUAUAGAAAACAUGAAUGGCAAAAUGUCUAACGGCCAAAAACAAAGAAAAACACCAAAUAAAGAAAAUCAGGAAUAUAAAACUCCUGUUAUUAAUAUAAGAAAUAUUAAAAAAGAAAAGUUCACCCCAGUAGGCAGUUUUAUAAACACGGAUAGAGGUGAAAAAACUCCAGUAAAAAGGGAACAAAUCUUUUUAAAACAAAGUCCUAAAACACAAGAAAAACAGGAGAAUUUAAAUAACAAUAUAACUCCUAGAAAAACUAAUAAAACUCCUCAGGAAAGAAAAUUCAAAGAAAGUCCUAAAACACUAGAAAAACGAGAGAAAAUUGAAACACAAAAAACACCUACAACACAAAGACAGAAAACGCCACAACUUAAACAAAGAGAAAUUCUAAAACAAUCACCUAAAACUCAAGAAAAACUACAACAAACUGAACAAGAAAAUAAAACACCAGAAAGACAAUCUCCCAGAACUAGACAACCAACAUGCAAAAGUCCUAAAAAUGACAUAAACAUUAGAUUAAAUGAAAAAUCUACAACUUCUCCUAAACAGCAAACUAAUACAAACUCUCUUAAAAAUCCCCUAACAACUCCACAAAGAUUGAGGAAUGUUUCCAUUAAAUUACAAAGAUUUACUCCCGACAAGCUUUCCAACAAUUUAACAAAACCACAAACAACAAAAUCUUUAGAAAACAAAUCACAACCAAAUGGAGACCGCUCUAAAACCUUACUGGAACAUUUUAAAUUACCUAGUGGUAUAAGUUUAACAAAAAUAAAUCCAACAAAUUCUAACCAACAGGACAAUAAUUCUUUAAUAAUAGAAAGUCCCAUUAAAUCCACCUAUUGUCAGCAAAAUUUUUCAGAAUCUAGCUUAGAACCUAUUGAGCAAAUGAAUUUACAAAAAGAAGCACCAAAUGAAGUACAAAUUAGUCUUAAAACAGUUCAAAAUCAAACUAUAAACCACCUCAAAAUGGAAGCCAUCAAUUCUAAAAUAAGACAACGUAAAGCCUCCAUAGAUAUAGUACCUUCACCCAAUCUGGAAAAUAAAGUAGAAUCUAAGCCACAAUCUGCCAGUAAAACGCCUCGUCAUAGUAAUUUAGAUUACAAAAGUUAUGCAGUUAAUCGUUCAGCCCGUAAAAAAGAGGUACUCCAACGUAUGCGUCACAUUAAAAAGCAAAUAUUUAAAUCUAUAGAAAGUGGUGACGGUAUAACGAAAGUAAAUCGUUUAAAAUCCUCACCACUCGUCAAACAGCAGAAAAAACGUAAAGUUCUUAUAGAAAAUGUACAAAUUCUACCCAAUCUCAAGAAGGAAACAAUGACACCUUUAAUAAACCCUUUCGAUGAUUUUAAAAAGCCUUUUGUCAAUCAUACUACUUCCACUAAUAAUGCUACUACUGGAAUACGUCCUAACUCGGUUUCACCUAAAAAUAUGCUUGACGAUCAAAAGCAAGCAAAAAUUACUUUAAACAAUUCUAAUAAUGAUUCUUCGAUUAAUGAUGAUGAAAAAUUAAUUAAGAAAUCAUUGAAGAGACGAGCUACAUCGCCUUUGCUGGAUGCAUACGAACAGGUUAAACGUCAGUUUACUUCUAUGGUGGAAGUGGACGAAAAAGUGGUGGAUAAAACGGCGGAAUUGGAGACAACACAACUGGAUCUUUCGGAAAGUGUUGUGGACUUUUUACAGCGCGAUUUAAAAGCAAAUCGUUUAAAUGUUGAUAGUUUGCUCAACGAAGAAUUGCCAAUAGACGAUAGUGUACCCGAUGAAACUUCUAUAGAAUCAAAUGCUAAAGAAACAAAACUAGAAGAUAAAUCUCAAGAAAAAGAAACUUCCAAUAAUAGUAAUUUAAUAGAUGAUAUAUUAGAACAAGUGGUUAAUGAAGAAAAAUCAAAUGAAAAACAGGAAAAUGAAAACAACACAAACAAGGAAAUAAACCUAAACAAUAAGGAAGAAAUUGUAGAUUUUGAUGAAUCUAAGGAUAUAAAUUUAUUGGCUAAAUUUGGGUUGAAAGUUUUAAAAUUCCCCUUAAUAGAAGAUGAUGUUACUAUGGAAGAACGUGAUGACAUGAAUGAAAAGGCCACUAAAUUUGCCAACAUUUAUAAGAAUUGGCCCAGAAUUUGGUCAACGAAAAAUGGAGAAAGUGCUACAAUAACAGAAGAAUUAAAUAUUAGUUUCCAGCAGCUGUUGAUAGAAACAAAUCUAGCCUUUAAACUAGAUUUAACUCUGGUGGAACUUAAACGUUUGGCCAAUCUUAUAAACAUUUGGUAUACACACAACUUUAAUAGUAAACUUGUAGAAAAACGUAAAAUUUCCGAUUCAACAAAUCGUUAUUUACUCAUCUUUCACUUUAUACCCAAGACAAUUAAACGUUUCUAUUAUUGUGAGUAUUGUGAAGAGCAUUUCAAUACAGAACAUAAAUAUUUUACACAUCGUAUAACACAUACCGGUGCCCCAUUUCCCUAUGCAUGUCAAAAAUGUACAUUAGGCUUUAGAACGGCAAGACAUUUAAAAAAUCAUGAAUCCACAUGUAAUUCAACUCUGAAAAAAACUAAAUUUGAUGUUAGGACACCGCAAGCUACUUACGAGAAAGCUAUAGACGAUCAUAAGUGUUUGAUGUGUAAAGAAGUGUUUACAUCUUCCGAACUUUUAUAUGAACAUAGUAAGACACACUUAAAGACUGUUUAUAAAUGUGUCAAAUGUGAAUUGGUAUUUGCCUCUGCCAUAGAUGUACAAAAUCAUAUGGCUAUUUGUAAUACGACUACGAAACGUAUACCAAAACAAUGUACCCCUAGGCCAACUAAACAAAAAAAUUAAUUAUAUUUUUUUAAAAUUUUUUUUUUUAGAUUUUAUCUUUUAUACAAAAACUGUAUAAUUUUUACUUUUUUUAAUGUUGCAAACAUUUAAUUAAUUUUUCAUACAAAUCAUAUAUUACCUAUUAAUUAAUUUGAAAACCCUAUAAACUUUCAUUAUAAUACCUAAGAUUUUUUUACUUUAGGCACAAUUUAUAUUAGAGUUUAUUAUUAUUUUUUUAAUGU